CGCCCAAAGAUGCUGUAAGUUUGAUCGGCGCAGUUUGCAGGCACGUCACGAAUUCACUCUGGCUCACUUCAAUGUGGGGUUCCAAUCAGGUUGCAGCCUCCAGAGGUGCGGUUGCAGGGUAGGCAAUUAUCGGACCCCGAAAACGACCGAGUCAACCCACGCCUGUCGCAUGACACACUACCAUCGUCAAGCUAACUCUGUUCUUGGAUGGGAGGGAUGCUAGUUCCAAAGCUCGCCGGCAGUCAGUCAUAUGACGGAAACAUGACCAGUGACCCAGACCUUUCGAGGCUGCUCUCUUCAAGGCGCAUCAUGUUACAUACUUAGUCUGGGCAUGCCUUUGUCGGUAGACUAUCUCCUGUGUACAAGUUCGCAAACAUGGCCAGCGCCAUCGUCGAAGCUGAGCCCUUAAUCGGCAGUCUACAUCAGCAGAGCGAGCAAUCUUCCUUCUCGGAGACGCAGGUGCAGCUCACAUCCUCGUUCAGACGUCAUCGCGCCGAUGCGCGCCGAAAACUAUCCUCGCGAACCAAGGACUACUUCAUUCUGGCUCUUGUCACUCUGGACGUGGCACUGUUGCUCUUGAACAUUUUGAUCAAGCUUACGGCGUGUGAAAUGCACCAGAGAAAAGAGCCGUGGGUGCAAGCGGUCUCGCAGACGCUCCAGGAUAUUGGAGUUGGAUUCAGCUGGCUAUUCGUGCUGGAACUGGUGGCAUGUCUUGUCGCUUUCGGGCCAAAGUAAGCCAAGCUAGGGACAAUCCUAAAGCUUCAUCAGCUGAUAUUGCCAGGUAUCUGGCCUCUUGGUUUCAUGUGUUCGACUCAGCCAUCAUUGGGGUUGCGUUGAUUAUAGGUAUCAUGACGAGUGGGGUGGUUACAGACGUUGGCUCCCUGGUCAUCGCAUUGCGUCUUUGGCGGCUGGCACAACUGUCCGACGAGAUUGUUCUUGAUGCACACGAGAGAAUCCAUGGACUGGAGCAACGGAAUCAGGAGCUCAGAGACGAGAUCGUGGCCCUGAGA